GGGCGGGCGGUUAACGGCGGCCGGUUUGAAUCGGACGCGCGGGAUGGAGGUUUACCUGAAGCAGCACCGCAAGUUUUAUUUCUUCCAGGAGCGGCUGGACACCUUCAAGAACUGGCCCUUCGUCACCGAUUGUGUGUGUACGCCCGAGAAUAUGGCUGCAGCAGGUUUUAUUCACACCCCAAGUGAGAAUGGUCCUGACGUUGCUCAGUGCUUCUUUUGUUACAAAGAACUGGAAGGUUGGGAGCCUCAAGAUGAACCUUUAGUUGAACAUCAAAAUCACUCAUCGAAGUGUGCUUUUAUUGCACUGAAGAAGAAAUUUGAGCAAUUAACAGCUGAAGAGUUCCUCAGGCUGGACAAGGAAAGAGUAAAGAACAUCAUGAAGAAACAAGUCUCUGAAAGGAUUGAAUCAUUUGAGCAAGAGGCAAAAGUUGCAAGAAGUGCAAUUGAAGAUCUUGUUACUAACACCUGAUAGGAUGUGGAAUAUUCCCCUAUUGCAAAGUACUUUAAGCUCAAUUUAAUUGAUCAUUCCUCAAAUUGAGGAUCAUGUCUAUAUACUGUCUUCCAAACUUGCCUUUAAAAUUCUACUCAGAUCAUUUUAUGUGGAAGGUGUAGAAUAAAAUGUUUUUUCUAUUACUUUGUAGUGGUCAACAUUGUUCAUGUAUUUAUUCCUAAUUAAAAGAUUAACUCAUUUUUAUUCUGAUUAGGCAUCUGUGAAAGGUCAUUACUGUCUGCAGAUCUCUUAAGGAUUCUAGCACAGAAGUGCUCCAGAGGUGAUUGGAUUGAUUAGGUGAUGUUUCUCACUUCUACCUUUCCUGUUUAAACCAUCAAUCUCAUAACAUUAAUUUUUUUUGUACAAUGCAGAAGAUAGACUUUUGGAGAAUAAUUGCUCCUUCAUCCCUCUGUAAUAUAUUGUAAAUUUGCACCCUCAGUGGGGGCUUCUUUACUUCUGUUUUGGACUCGGAUACAUUAACAGACAUUUCUCAAUACCCUUGUUUAACAAGAUGAGGGUCUAUUCCUGAAUUGUUGACUGAGCAAAGAAUUUUCAAUGUGCUUGACUAGAGUAGUGAAGAAAGUAGCAUGAAAGCAAUGACAGCAGCGAAUGGCUUCUAGAGGAUGAAUGAUUAUCCCUUGGCACACUGUAUGCAACCAACUGCCUUGAAGAAGUAUGUUAAUCCUACCCUUAUCAAAGCUAGAGGAGUUGGUCCCUUCCAACAUUAGCAAGUGUAUUUGAAGAUGUCUGAUUUGUCUCUGUAACAAGUAGAGCACAGGCCCUUAAUUUUCCACUUCUUUCUAAACUGCAUGGUUGAUUUUAGCAAUUCAUUGAGUUGCAGGUAUCAAUGAUUUUCAUUUUCAUGGAGAUGAAAGGGAAUAAAAAUCAACACCUUUUAAACUUUGUGUUCUGAAUUCUGAUUACCUUUUCCAAAUGAUGGUGAUACAAAAAAUAAUUAUGGAUCAUGCAGAAUGAUAUUGAAAGUAUUUUUCUUUUGCAGUUGCUUCUAUUUUUUGUGGUUAUGUUGCAGUGCAUAAUCUUGAAUUGGCAUUGCUGUGUAGUGAAAUUGAAAAGAAAGAACUAGUUGCUUUUUUUGGACAUUUCAAUAAAACAUUCAUUUC